GCCUCCACAAGCUCCCAUUUUCCCAAGAUCUUCAACGACAUCAGGGCCUCCCGCUGUCCCCACUGUUGUCCUUCGCAUACCACUUCUCUUUCCCACGCGACGCUCGACCUGCUAGCUCUUAUAAUACUCUUGUGAGGUCAACGUCCGCUCAUAAACCACAUUUCUGUACGGUAGUCGGCGAAACGAUGUUCUGGCGGUUUGGGUUCCACAAUGCUUCGGUCAUAGACGGACUGCUAGAGAAGGAAGGCGUGACGCUGGACGAGCUGCUGGAGGAGGACGAGCUGAUGCAGGAGUGCAAGGCGCAUAACACGAAGCUGGUUGAAUUCCUUAGCAAACCCGAAGUGCUCAAACAGCUGCUAGGCUUCAUCAUCAAAUCGGAAGAUCUGGACGAAAGCAAGCGAUUCAAAUAUCCAUUUGUAGCUAGCGAAAUCAUCAGCUGUGAGAUCUACUCGAUAUGCGAGGGAAUCAUGGGAAGCGAGGAGCUGCUGAAUGAGCUCUGGGGGUUACUGGACCGUCCCGCACCGUUGGAUGCCUUAACGGCAAGCCACUUCGGCAAAGUCAUUGGCGUACUCCUAGCAAAGAAGACACCUGAGAUGGUUGCGUUCAUCCGCAAACAGCCCAAUGUGGUGCAGCAGCUUCUCACACACAUUGCUUGUUCUGCAAUCUCCGAUCUCCUGCUGAAGCUGAUCAGCAUGAACGACAUUCCAGAAGGGGCCGGUAUCGUUGAGUGGCUCAGUAAGGAGGGACUCAUUACGACGCUGCUGAGUCGACUGGACCCGAAACUGGACUCAGAGGUGCAUAACACGGCUGCCCAAACUCUACUGGACGUCAUCGCUGUGAGCUACCAAACAGUUAGCCCACAGGAUAUGAUGAAUGCUGGCUUCGGAGGAUCCUUGCUUGGCGAGGAGGCAGGUUUACCACCACCAACUCCUGGAAACACCCUGGUGGACGAACUGAAAAGUGAGGGGAUGAUGAACAAGCUUGCCUCGUAUAUGCUUGAUGACCCAAGCUCGCACUCCGCAAGUGCUCUGAUGAACGGAAUCAACAUUAUCAUCGAGCUCAUUCGCCGAUAUUGCAGUGAGAUUGAGCAAGCAGAGUAUCUCCAGCACCAAUACCAACUUUCGCAAGCACACCAGCGACAAGCAAUCUCCCCUCCAUCACAGGAAAAGCUCAAAGCGCUAGCUACCGAUCUCAAUGACUUGCUACACGUAAUCGGAGAUCGCUUGACGCAGUUUGCUGAGCUGCUGCAUGGUCCUCCGAAAUCGGAGAACCCUACGACCACUGGUCAGAUCACACCCUUAGGGUCUGAACGGCUCAAGACCUGCGAGUUAUUUGCGGAAAUCCUGCAUCUUCAAUAUCUGUACACCUCUAGCCCGCUGUUCGAGAGGUUUAUCACUGCGGGCUUUCAUGACCCAUCGGAAGAAAGGGCCGAAGCGAAGGAAACGCCGAGCGAUUCGGGAGAAUCCACAAAGUCUCCGCCCACACCUCCGCACCCUGAGAGAAGGGUGGCUGACGAGCUCGUUGCCAUCACUGACAAGUUCAUAGACGCAAAAGUACUACCUGCAUGCUUGGACCUUUUCUUUCGCUACCCCUGGAACAACUUCCUCCAUUCUGUCGUAUACGACAUGAUCGCGAAAGUGUUCAACACUUACCAAUAUACCAGCUCAAUCAACCUCAUCAAGAGUCCUGAGACUCAAAAGGGCGUAGAAGCAGGGUCCCCAACAGCCGCAACCCAGUCAGAACCCGUAAACCCGGCGCAAGCUGCUGUGGAAAAGCAAAUGGGUGCGGUGCAAGUUGUAGUGAGGAAACUGGUUCUGUCGAUUUUCCAAGACGGGCAAUUGACAAAACAAAUAAUACGAGCACAGAAAGAAAACGAUGAGCACGUAGCCAAACCAAAAGGGGUACGGCUAGGAUUCAUGGGACAUUUAACGUACAUCGCUGAUGAAGUGAGCAAGCUAUUGGAGAAAUGCCCCGAAGAUCUGGUUAAGGAGCUAAGUGAUCAUAUCGUAGCCGAUGAGUGGCAUAGUUACGUCUCCGGUCCGCUGAAGGAGACAAGGGAGCGGGAUCGACAGCCUCUCGGUGGCGUGCGGCCAAACGCUGGUCCACAGAAUCAAAAUAUACCCAUCCUGGGAGCAAUUGGCGGGAGCUUCACAGGCGCUCCAGAAGAAUCGGAAGAAGUCAAAAUCCGUGACGAUUUGUAUCAAGAAGCGGCAGAGGCAGAUGAUGACGAUGACGACGACGAUGAGGCCCUAAGCGGCAUAACUGGUGGUGAUAAUGGUCUUCCUGGGGAUGGCGACGGCACUACCGUCCCGACGUCCCCACGAGAAGAGCAUGAUUGGGAGAAGAAUGUGGAUGUGUGGUCGGCGGAUGCCAGUUACGAUUAACAGCACCGGAAGUCAAGGCGGCGGAAGGGGCGACAAUUUUGGGUAGAAAAAAUACUGAUACGACUAUGACUACGUUAGAAGAGACACAUAUGAUGAGAUACCCUCCGGAGCCGUUGGAGCCAACUGUUGCGUGUAGGCAGAAUGAGGGCCACGGCCCGUAGACUCCUUUUGCACUUUAUUUUGUUAAUAUCAUUACGCGUUACGUUAGUUGCUGUGGGUAAGGAAUGCUGCUCACUCCCGUUUAGCGGAC